AGCAUGCAAGAAGAAACAAAUGGUAGGAAACGACAGAACUAAUGGGCUGUGAGGAUGUAAGCAUGUUUGAAGGCUCCUACCCAUUCCACUUCAAGACAGAAUCAUGAAUAAACUGGAGGACAAGCAGGACCAGAUGAUACCAUGAAGAGAAGUUUACAGGCCCUCUAUUGCCAACUGUUUAGUGUUCUACUGAUCCUGGCACUGACAGAAGAGCUGGUGUUUGCCUUUCAGGAACGGUCUCCCAGAGAAUCAUUUCAGGGCCCCCUGAGAGAUGCUGCCUUGGUGACGACGAUGCCUCCCCAUGCCGCCGACCGCCCCACCACGGAGCCCGCCCUCGCUGCCAACCGCGAGGCGCCACGGCCCCCCAGCCCUGCGACAUCCCCUCCUCCUCCUCCUCCUCCUCCUCUUCCAUCUUCUCUUCCCCCUCCAUCUCCUCCUCCUCAGCCACCAGCCACCGGCAGCCCCGCUGGCCGGAAGGACACGUACCACCAUGCCCAUAAUCAGAGCGGCCCACACGCUGAGCAGACUCAUCCCUUGGGGAAAAUCUUUCAGAUUUACAAAGGCGACUUCACGGAAGCCACAGAGCCUUAUCCCCGGAGGGAGCCCCUGCCCCGGCCCCCCUCCCCAAGCACCCUGUUCACCAGCCUCCUCCCUGCCCAGUCCCAGGUGGGGACCCCCAUGGAGCCCAACCGCGUCGCCCCGGCUCCUCCCACGGACUCUUCCUUCCCCGAGGACACCGGGCCGGGCCUCGGGCGACCUGAGCUGAAGAGUGACCCCUCUCUCGCCGGCCAAGCUGCAAAGCCAACCGGCCCACCCCCCGGCCCCCAUGCUGAUCCUGAAGCCUCCUCAGUGCCUUAUCAGCCCCCACACUCUGUCCCGGGUGGAAACGACUCCUGGCUCCCUCUGGCCCCGGGGAUCCACAUCCCGUUGUUUGGACGACCCGGAGCAGGAGUGGCAUCAGGCGGUCCCUCCCGGGUCCCUUUGGAGGUCAACGUUUCCUCCCCCUCAGCAAGGAGCUCUCAGCAGGUCCCGGAGAGCGGCCCCACCCUGGCCAGCAACCCGCUCUCCAUCGGGGCCAGCCGGGAGCCUGGCUCCCUCUCCACUGCAAGCUCCUCUGCCACCGGUAACUUCCUCAACAGGCUGGUCCCCGCGGGGACCUGGAAGCCCGGCAUGGCCGGGAACGUCUCCCACGUCACCGAGGAGGACAAGCCCCAGCACAGAGCCACAAUCUGCCUCAGCAAGAUGGACAUCGUCUGGGUCAUCUUGGCUAUCAGUGUGCCGAUAUCCUCGUGUUCCGUCUUGCUGACAGUGUGCUGCAUGAGGAGGAAGAAGAAAACGUCUAACCCAGAGAACAACCUGAGCUACUGGAACAACGCGAUCACCAUGGACUAUUUUAACAGGCAUGCCGUCGAGCUGCCCAGGGAGAUCCAGUCCCUGGAGACCUCAGAGGACCAACUCUCUGAGCCUCGCUCCCCACCCAAUGGGGAUUACAGAGAUAGUGGGAUGGUCCUCGUUAAUCCCUUCUGUCAAGAAACAUUAUUUGUAGGAAAUGAACAAGUGUCUGAGAUAUGACCAGCCUUCGAAAUUGCAGU